CCACGUCCGACAGUCCAGCAUGAAUAACAGACCUGUCGAGCAGGCCCUGGGCACGCUGGUGCCCACCCAUGCAAAUGACAUUCCCCAAGAGCUGCUCAGCUUGGCUCUGUCUCUUGUUGCGCAGUCGCGAAGCUUGUCUGCUAGUCUGAAGCCCGAGGAAGAAAUCGCACGACCCUAUGCUUGCGCGGAGAUUGCGUGUAAACGGCUAACCAGAGCCCUCAAACUCCCUCCCUUACUCGGCCGCCCGCCAUGCCCACCACGCGCCUAUAAAAAGCUCUACUCCUACCUCGAUCGCUCCUUAACCUCAAGCACCGCAGGAACAAAGCGUUCAGCAAGCGACUCAGCCCCUGGAACCCCCUCGCGAACAGGCUCUACCCCGUCGACGCCGACAAAAGAAUCCAGACCGACCCGGACACCAUCCAAAGCCACAAUCGCCACGCCGCGCGGUCUCCAAAACACCCCCAGCAAGUCAACCCCCUUGAAAAAGUCAACGACUCGCCCCGAGAGCCCAUCCGCCUCGCGAACACCCCGCUCAUUCGCCAACUUCCGCUCCAAUGGCAUCUCCGGCGCCUCGAUCGUCCCCGAUGCGCCUGCCUGGGUGAUGAAUUCCAUCCGAACCGUCUGCAAGACUCUUUCCACGCCUGCGCCGCGAACAAGCACCUGGUCCCGGCCUCCUAUCUCACGAACACUCCCGCCGCACGUGUUCGCAGGAGUCUCGUCCGUUCUGUACUUCGUGUCCAAGGUCUCCGCCAACGAGGGCGAAUCCGACGAGCUAGACGAAGACAUGCUGGAGUUCGUGGAGCCCGUGAUGCUCGCCAAGGACCGCGAGAAAGACGAAGACUUCAAGGAGCUCGUCGAUGCGUUGAUCGUGGCCGUUUACUUCCUGGUCCUUGCGCGACGACGAACACCCAGCCCUUCGUCGACCGAGGUCCCCUCCGGCGAAGAGGCGCGCAAAAUGGACAAGAAGACGUUCUCGGAGAUGCGGCAGACAGCGCUCACGAGUCUUGGGCUUCCCACGACGGAGAGGAGGCAUCGCGACGACGUGGAUCAGUGGAUUGCGCUGAUCAUGGAGCAGAGCUGGGCGAAUGGGAAGGAGUGGUUCGAGAACAUCCCGCAGGCUGGCGAGCUGGAUGGGGAUGAGGCGUAUCUUUCGGAUGUUGGCGCGGAUGAGGACGAUGGGGGGUUGAGGGAUGGGAAACGGCCCAAGAUGAUGGGGAAGGGUCGGGCGUCGAUCUUUUCGAAGGCUACUGAGAGAGGUGGGUUGCUGCCUGGUUUGGGGACUAUGAUGCAGGAUCGAGUGGAUUAUUUGAGUGAUGACCGGAGGGAGGAUUUUGUGGAGUGGAAGGCGGAUUUGAUGGCGAGGAUCGAGCAGAUGGAGAGAACUGCUCCGCCUGUUGCCUGAGGCUGACUUCAAGACAUGGCCGAAUACCGGUUGACUGAGAGAACAUGUCUCUUGAGACGCAAAUUGUG